AUGGCGCCAGGAAUGGGGAAGAGCGUCUUUCUGGGAAAUAUCCCAUACAACCUUACCGAAGAACAAGUAAAAGAUAUCCUCAGUACAGCAGGUACGGUCACCAAAUUUCGUCUAAUGAUGAACCCGGAAACUGGCAAACCCAAGGGGUACGGCUUCGCCGACUUUGCCGAUGCCGACGCAGCAGCUUCGGCAGUUCGAAAUCUGAACGAUUACGAGAUCAUGGGACGAAAAAUCAGGGUAGAUUGGCCACAUAAUAACGAGAAGGAUUCGAUACCGGAGGAUUACUCGGAUCCUUAUCAACCACAGCCAUCACAACCACAAGCGCAAGCGCAGCAACAGCAACAAAAUCCGAGCUCUCUUCCUCCGCUACCACCAGGUGUAGAGAUUCCUCCACACCUCGACUGUCCCAAUGCGAUUUCUCAAACUCUAUCUCAACUCCCGCCAAAUCAACUCCUCGACGUCUUAUCCCAGAUGAAAGCUCUAGCAGUUGCAGACCCCGCACGAGCAACAGAGUUGCUCCGCACAGCACCUCAACUCGCAUACGCCGUGUUCCAAGCUUUACUACUCAUGAACCUAGUCGAUUAUAGUACAUUAGGUUCAGUAGUAGAACAAGCGUCGCAAGCAGCUACUGGUCCUCCACCACCUGCUGCUGCUGCUGUGCCAUAUCAACCAUAUACCACUGCUCCGACACAAGUAUCAACACCACCCGUUCACAAUUCACCGUUUGCUCCUCCUCCCCCUCCUCCGGCGGCAGCAGGAGCACUGCCGCAACAACAAAUACCUGGUCAAGAAGAGUUGUUGCAACAGGUAUUGAGUAUGCCGCAGGCACAGAUUGAUGCUUUGCCGCCUUUGGAGAGAAGUCAGAUUAUGAUGUUGAGACAACAGUUGAUGCAGAGCGGUAUGCGGUGAUUUCGUCGCCCAAAAAAGUGUAAAAAUUUUCUGCAAGACGGUUUGAUUUAUCAGCAUUUUCAUGGGUGGUCUCAGGACUGGGAAAAUGGCGAAUGGCGCUAAAUCAAUAAGCUGUAGUCAGCUUCGUUUGGAGAUGGAGUUUUUGCUGUAUCUAUAUUGACUUAUGUGCUAAUAAUCAUGAACACGAGUCAAAUACCCUGAUUGUUGCAAUUAUGAUGAAUGAGAUGGUUCGGUCAAGUCUGGGU